UAUCAAGUACCAACGGCUCCUUAAGUAUCAAGGGCUGACAUAUGUUCACCUGACAAAAGCUGCCGGCGUCGCUAAAUCCGCUCUGUACCACCAGUACAGCCGGUCGUCAAACUUACACCUCCCGUCAUGACGAAUCCUUCCUUCUCGCUCAAUUCUUUUUACUGUCUCACCACCUCUGCUAUCUCGAGCUGUUUCGCCACAACCUGAUCUUCAACCCUUCGGUUCUUCCCUCUUUCUCCUUCAGAAAUGGAGUUCCUUGGACACUCGCCGCGCUCGCCGUCCGCAGCCUGCUGCGCCGCAGAAAGUGUCAGCGAUAACGAAACAUGGGAACUGAUACAAGCCAGCAAGAACAACGAGACGGCGCUGCACACCAUUUACGCUCCGCCGGGGGUCUCAGCGGCCGAGUUCAGAGAUCAGUUUGUCCAAGCCCGCCGACUCAAGACGAAAUUCAGGGAGCCGCAGGAGAAAAGCGACUACGUGGACAAGAAUAUAACGUUAACGUGCAUUAUCCGCGAGUCGUGGGUGUCAGCGAGUCUCAUGGGGGGAGCCAAGAAUGUGGCUGAGGAAAUGGCGAAGCUUGCCUAUUUUGAGAUCGAGUACCUUGACAAUGACGCUUCCCUGAACCCAGAUACCGUCAUCGAACUGGCUAAGAGAGACUUCUGGAUAUACACCAAGCCGGAAAGGAUUGCCGCCAAAAGCAAAGCAAAUGUGCUAUAG